AUGGCCACAGGCAGCACCAGCCAAGCAUUAGGCACAUUAGAGGGCGAUACGGCACAGGAUGCGUCACAAAUUCCUCGAGAUGCCCGAUUAAUUUCACUCUUGUUGCAAUCAAUGGGAAUUGAAGAAUACGAGCCAAGAGUAUUACAUCAAUUACUGGAAUUUAUGCAUCGAUAUGUAUUGGAUGUUUUGAAUGACUCAAUGGUGGUUGCAGACCAUGCUGGACGACAAGAAAUCAACAAUGCAGAUUUGGAAUUGGCUGUCUUGUCUAGAUUAGAACACUCUUUUGCUCUACCACCUUCUCAUGAUGCAUUAUUGGAACUAGCAGCCUCAAAGAAUUCAAUCCCUUUGCCAUCCAUAGCAGAAAAGUUUGGAUUCCGUGUACCUCCAGAAGCUAGAACACUCACUUCUCCAAACUUUGUCGUCACGCCCAUUCCAACUAAUCAAACCCCAGAAGGAACACAUUCAUCUGGUAUACCACAAAAACGAAAACAGGAAAUGCAGCAACAUCAGCAAGGAAUGCAAAUGCAUCAACAGCAGCAGCAAAUGCCACAAAUGAAUCCAAUGAAUCAACAACAGCAAAUGAUGCCUCCACAGCAGCAGCCAAUGGGAUAUGUUCCUCAACAACCAAUGUAUAUGCCUGCUUCUGAAACACGACCAUCGCAAGAUGAUGAUGAGGACUAUGACAUGGCAUGA